AUGGCGGUCUCUAGCCUGAACAAACCCGCGGCCCCAUCCCUUGGGCUGCGAUCUCAGAGAUCUACCCAUCGCCUCAACCAGAUCGAGAAACUUCGUGCCAAUGGCAUUGGCGAUUUACUUGACUUGCCCCAACUUGUCGUCUGUGGCGACCAGUCCGCAGGCAAAAGCUCCGUGCUAGAGGGCAUUACUGGCAUACCUUUCCCUCGUCAAGAGGGUCUCUGUACGCGGUUUCCCACGGAGAUUGUUCUCCGGCACUCCAGUGAGCCAUUCAGGGCGAAGGCCACUAUUCGGCCUCACUCCUCUCGCCCGCCUGGUGUUGCACAGACUCUCAGCAACUAUGAGCGCGAGAUGGAGGAAGACCUCUCCGACCUUCCCGUCGCCAUUGAGGAGGUCUCCAAGCUUAUGGGGAUACGCGGCUUCACCGACUCUCCUGGUGAUGUUGCGUUUGCAUCUGAUGCUCUGCGCAUUGAGAUUUCGGGCCCCACAGGAUUGCAACUGAGCAUAGUCGACCUCCCUGGACUUAUUUCGGUCUCCAACGAAGAACAGUCCCAGGCCGAUGUUGAAGCUGUCCAUGCAAUGGUUCGGAGCUACCUCAAGAGCACCCGGACCAUCAUUCUUGCUGUGGUUCAGGCCAGCAACGACUUUGCCAAUCAAGGUAUAAUCAAAAUUGCCCGCGAGUAUGACCCAGAUGGACAGCGGACUGUCGGUAUAAUCACCAAACCCGAUCUCAUCAAUGCCGGAGCUGAAGCCAAGCUCGCCAAUAUCGCCAAGAACAAAGACGCUAUCAAGCUCAAACUUGGCUUCUUCCUUCUCAAAAAUCCUAGUCCAUCUGAGAUGAAGGCCGACAGUGGAAACAACAGGCGUUCAGAGCGGGAGAUGAACUUUUUCUCUUCUCCAGCCUGGAAGGCUCAGAAUCUUGACAUGAGCCGGGUUGGCAUUGAGAAUCUGAAAGUUUUCUUGCAAGAGCUUUUGGAUGAGCACCUCGAGGGAGAGCUGCCCAAACUGAAGGAGGAAAUCAGACGCAAACUUGAUUUGUUUGAAAAAGAUCUCGAAGACAUGGGUCCUGAACGACGGUCUCUCGGCGAUAUUCGAUCUUUCAUGACCAACCUUAGUAUGCGCUACUAUCAGCUAGCUCAGGCGGCCCUGGAUGGAAACUAUCACUGCUCAGAAUCCACCUUCUUCGAGAAAAAGAAUGGAAGCAGACUCCGCUCCUUGGUUCAUCAGCGGAACGGUGCUUUUGCAGCCAAAGUCCGUGAACAAGGUCACAAACGCGAAGUCACCAACAAUCCACCUACGCCGCAGUCAGAGGAUGGUUUCAGCGUUAGCAGCGGACAAUUGCUUGUGACACGAACCGAGAUGGUCUCCUGGGUCAGGGAGACCUACGUCGAAACCAGAGGUCGUGAGCUUCCUGGCAACUACAACCACAUCUUACUCGCUGAGCUAUUCCAUGAGCACUCCAGUCCGUGGCGCUAUCUCGCAAAAGACCAUGUUUCCACUGUUCUAGAAUGUGUCUCAAAGUGGAUUAAGCGUUCUAGAAAGACUGCAUUUAAGGAGCUUGAGCAAAUAUUCUUGGAUGAAGACCGCCAUCCAACGACGUACAAUCACUAUUACACUGACAACAUCCAAAAGGCGCGCAGCACAUCGCAGAGAGACCUACUAGAGGACUCGCUCGCCAUGCUUGGGGGGCGCGAUUAUAGAACUCGCGAUGCUAGUGACAGAAGGCUUCUCGUUGAAGAAUUGCAACCCAAGCUUUGCGUUGAUAUGGACCAGCAAGCAUGUGAGGAGGCUCUCACAGGCCUCAAUGCUUACUACAAGGCACGCACCCAAAUCCCCCUUGUUGCGAUGAAGACAUUUGUGGACAACGUGUGUAGACAAGUCAUUGAACGUCACAUCUUGGCUCCGCUACCAGAGAUUUUCUACCCCACGACAGUCUCGCAGUUCUCUGACGAUGAGCUACUGCGCAUAGGGUCGGAGCCGGAGAAGGAAAUCGCUCGACGGCAAAGUCUGGAGGCGUCUGCUCAAGGGUUACGAAGCAGCCUUAUUGAAUUGCAAUGCUUACCAGGCUAG